AGAGCGAGGAGAGUGGGGGAAAAGGAAUCACACAUGAGGUUUUCUUUCUCUCUCUAACAUUUUUUAACCCGUCGCCUCCGGGGAAGGGAAAUCCAAAGUGACCAUAUAUUUUUGGUGCAUUUUAUGGGUUUUGACCAUAUAGAGAGACAGAGAAAAAGAGAGAGAGAGAGAGAGAGAGAGAAAGACCUUGUGUUCUCUUCUUCUUCUUCUUCUAGUGUCAUUUUCCAAGAUAUACUCUCAAGGAACACCGGACUUAUAUCCCCCUCCUUUCCUUCCCUUGCCUUUCUGAAUUUCUUUUUUCGUUUUUUUUUUUUUUAUCUUCUUCCUUUGCUUAGCAACAAAUAUAUGUACAAUAAUAUUAUAUAAUAAAAAAAAUUGCUAUCUCUUUUAUCUCCUCCCUAUCCCUACAUCUCUCCCUUUUUCUUGAACAUGUCUGUUUGUUUUAGAAGAUAGAAGAUUUUUCUUUUUCUUUUUUACUUUGCUUUGCUUCAAGUCCCUUUGAGUUCUCCGCCUUUUGUCUUAAAAAGCAUAUCAAGCUUGCAGUAGUUCUAGCUCUUUCAUAGCUUUCCAUAUAUUCUUGGAGGAAAAAGAAGAAGAAAUUCAAGGAGAGUUCAAAAAAAAUUGAAGACCCACUUGUGAAAUAGUUCCAAUUUCUUUAGUUUCUUUAGAAUAAAGUUGAAUUAAUCAAAGGAAAUUAAGCUAUUCCUAUUCCAUUUGGUAAAGGGGGGUCAAUGAAAAUGCCCUUGAAUGGGAUUUUCAUUGAACCAUCUUCAACCUCACUUCCUGAUCUUUCACUACACAUCAGUCCUCCUAAUCCUUCUUCUUCUUCACAAAUUUGCAAUACUAGCAAUGAAGUAGACUCUAGGAGGACAACUGAGUCCCAAGCUCAUACUGAGCUCUCUUUAGGGAGGAAUUUCACAACACCUAACCCUUACCAACAACAAAGGCAUCUUGUUCAUCAUCAUCACCACCCUAACAAUCGGUUAAACCACAUGAACCAUGGAGUACUCGAUGUGUCCUCUGACGGGUUAAAGCCGAUCAAAGGGAUUCCGGUCUAUCAACACCACCGUUCAUUUCCUUUCUUGCCUAUGGACCAAGUCCACACAACAAGAGACAAGGAAGCUAAGAUGUGCUACUAUCAAAUGCCUUCUAAUAAUCCCUCUCUGUGCACUUCCUCCUCGUCUGUGUCUCACGCUCACUCAUCACCUUAUGGAGGGGGUUUGGAUGCCAUGUCAAUCUUAAGCUCGGGGCCUAAUGCGUCGUCCUUGGCCGCAGCUUAUAAUCGUUUAGGGACUGCAGCUGCCACAAGGUUUAAUGGGCUUUCAACAGAUGCUUUCAAAUCUCACCAAUUGCACCAUCAUCAUCACCAUAAUCAGUAUGGGGUAGGACCUUCAGAGGUUCCUCAUGGGAUUGGGAUGAUGAGAUCGAGAUUUAUGCCUAAGCUUCCAACAAAGAGGAGUAUGAGAGCACCAAGAAUGCGCUGGACAAGCACUCUCCAUGCUAGAUUUGUUCACGCUGUUGAGCUUCUUGGUGGCCAUGAAAGAGCUACACCAAAAUCAGUUCUUGAGCUCAUGGAUGUGAAGGAUCUCACAUUAGCGCAUGUAAAAAGCCAUUUACAGAUGUAUCGAACUGUUAAGACCACUGACAAACCUGCAGCUUCCUCAGGCCAAUCAGAUGGAUCUGGAGAGGAUGAUAUCUCACCAAUUGGGAGCAAUAGUGAGCUUGGCCUACGUCCUUCAUACAAUGAUCAAAGAGGACCGUCUGACCAUCGUCCUGUGCAACAAGAUCAUUUACUUGACUAUGCUUCCACCACUCUUUGGAGUAACUCUUCAAGUAAUAGAGACGCAUGGGCACAAGCUAACUCCAAUGAAGUAGAGGUGCUAAGACCAGCAUCCUUUGAUUCACAACAAAGAUCAAGAGGGCACCAUAUACAGGAAUGUGAUUCAACCCAACUGAAGAGCUACUUAGGGUCAACUUUGGAUUGCAAGAACCCAAGCUUGGAGUUCACAUUAGGAAGACCAGAUUGGCAGGGCAAAGAACAUGACUAAUUCAUGACUAUCUCCUCUUUGUCUUGUUUCUGAUUUUGCAUUCCUUGAUGACUAGUUAAUUAUCUUCAUGAAUGAGAAGUCAUAGAUAUAUAGAAGGGUGUUUGUGAGGAAGAGGAAACCAUAGUUCUAGUGUUAAUGCAAAUUGAAUCUUUCGAUUGGACGUGGAACCUAUUUUGGGGCUUGUUAUGAGUGGCUAAAGUUUAUGUGAUAGAAAAAUAUGGAAAAUAAGAAAUAGUAGAAGUGCACACAGGAAAAGAGAAUCACAUAAUAAGGGGAGCUAAUUCUAGUCACUUUUAAAGACUAUUCCUGUCCUAUUGGCUUUAUCUGGGUAGAGACCAAUUAGUAUGUGAUACAGGUAAGCACGACCAUGCUAAUCAUCUUUCAAGUUUCAAAGUAAGCGAGUAACUAAUUAAUUUAUUCAUGGUUAUGAAAGUUGGCUGAGCACUUUCUUCCAAAUCAACUAUACAUAAUGCUGGUUUGUACUCUAUAGCCAAUUGUAAUGCUGGUUUCCAUUGUUGUCUGAUUACUUGUAAGUUUGUAACCUGAUCACUUGUAAAGCGAAAAUUGAUAAUAAAAAUGGGAUCAUUCCAAUUUCAAA